AUGAAGUUCCUGUGGAUAUUGAGCGUUGGGCUGUUUGUAGUGUUCACGAGACUAGCCAGCAUCGAGGCUCAGUCCUGUGGUCCCCGCGUUCGAAAAGAUUGGACUAUGAUGACGGCGGCCGAGAAGACCACAUACCGCAAUGCAAUACGUGCUUCCAUGAACUCCGGCGCCUACAUCAAGUUCGUCGAGAUGCACACGGAGAUGAGAUCCGAGAUGGAAGCUCACCAGCAGUGUAUGUUUGUCUACUGGCACCGUUUGCUGCUCGUCGUAUUUGAAAACAUGCUUCGUGGCCAAGGCGCUGCUUACGCGUGUGUGACGAUUCCUUACAUGAAUUGGAUCGCUGCAAGCGCACGCGUGACCUCUGGUGCGUGCACUUCGUUUAGCAAUUGUUUGGCUAUCAUGGAGGAGUUAGGCGGUUCAUCAAGUGGGACCCAACGCACGUUGUCCAUUAAUGGUAUCAACAGCUCCGGGCGGUGCGUCAAUCGACCGCCGUUGGAUCGCUUUUGCCAGCAACGUUCACAUUCAGGUGCUGCGUGUGCCGGGUGUGUUCCUCGAGGGGACUGGUCAACUGCUCGCGUACCCAGUACGACAGGCUAUGCUUCAGUUCGAGCUCAGGUCUUCAACGGCGCCAACAUCGGCCAAAUGUCACCGCUGAUCGAACAGGGAUGCCACAACAAUGUGCACGCCAACUUGGGCAGUACCAUGAACACGUUUGCUUCCCCUGCGGACCCUAUUUUCUGGUCGCAUCAUGCCAUGGUCGACUUGUUGCAUGUCGUAUUCCACAAGUGCCGCGUCGGACCGGAUCGACUCACUUUCGAUCAGAAAGCGUCACACUCUGUAGCUUGGUCUUCUUGCACUCGUCGAGACUCAGGUGUCUUCCGCCCAACCGACACAGUCACUAUGCGGACUGGAGAAAGAGGCAGGAAUCCCAUUCCCGGGUCGAGCGAUCCACAAGUCGGCAGGUUCUUUGCAGGAGUUCCGAACCAAUAUGCUGGUCUGAUGGACGUUCGGGAUCUAGGCGCUAGCAGCUACGGAUACGCCAUCAGCGGCCAGGUCGCAACUAUGUUUACGCAGUGCGAUGCCUCGCCUCGAGCUCGGAGGCUGGAAGAAACUGCUGCUACAAACGAUACUUCGACGCCAACCCUCUGCGGCGCGACCGGAGACGGAAGCUCUGAAGGAGACAGAAACGACUACGCCUCGCAGAACAACUUUCCGGAAACAGACUACAAGGGCGAGGAUGACGGUCACAAGGACGUUGUAAUCGUGGACAAAGCGGGUGACGCGGUAAAUGCGAGCACCCCAAGGGAGGCCUAUUACUCCACUAACGCGGAGAUGCGAAUGGCGGACUGGUAUGAUGAGACUCUGGAGGCCAUGGGGGGCGACUCAUACGAUAACAUGGACGACAUCGAGCGUCAAGCCUGCAUGUUUGAGAGCCAGUGUUUAGGUGGCACGAAGGACUAUACACCGGAGUUUAAGGCCCUUUCAAUGGACAAGGGGCCGCGAUGCAAGCUCAUUGUCGACGCCAUCAACAACGGGUCGCAAUCGAUUCAGUACAAGUCGUGGCGCGAGGCCAUGGAGGCUCGCUUUGGUUGCCCCGAGCCGACUGACAUGGCAAACUCAACUUCAUACACGAGGCCGUCGAGCUCGUUAUCUGGAUCAGAUUCGUCGAUUUCAAGAAGAGCGGAUAUCCAGCAAGCGUAA